AACCGUAAUUCUUUCCCUCCUUCGUGACCCGCCAACACCACUCGGGAAGACACUCAUUUUCACUCUCUUCUUCUAAACAAAAAUGGAACCUGGUGAACACUCACCUCCAACAUCACCGGAAACCGACCUAAUGGAAAUAAAAACAGAAAAAACACCAUACUCACCAUCAGAACCACCAAAAAUCCACCGUCUAGAUGAGUCCGUGGUCAACCGAAUCGCCGCCGGGGAAGUAAUUCAACGCCCUGUUUCAGCCAUCAAAGAACUAGUAGAAAACAGCCUCGACGCGCACUCUACCUCUAUAAACGUCGUUGUUAAAGACGGUGGCCUUAAACUCAUUCAAGUCUCCGAUGACGGCCACGGCAUUCGCCGUGAGGAUUUGCCUAUAUUAUGCGAGAGGCAUACGACGUCGAAGCUGACUAAUUACGAGGAUUUACAGUCGAUUAAGUCAAUGGGGUUCAGAGGAGAGGCAUUGGCCAGCAUGACUUAUGUAGGUCAUGUGACUGUCACUACUAUUACUCCAGGAAAAUUGCAUGGUUACAGGGUUUCAUAUCGAGAUGGGGUAAUGGAGUAUGAGCCUAAGCCCUGUGCUGCAGUUAAAGGGACGCAGAUAAUGGUGUGUGUGAAUUGGACUUUUGAGUUUAUAUGUGGGUUGCUUGUUUAAUUCAUAAAAAAUUGCAAUAAAGAAAACAAAGUAAAUGAAGGGAGAAAAAAAUGGGGAUGUCGUUAUGAGUGCAAAAUUUAGAAGACCGUUGCAUGUUAAGGCUUGUUUGAUAGAUGAUUGGAUUUUGAUAUAUGUCA